ACCAUUUCCAGACAAGUUUCAAUAGUAAAAAAUAUUGAAAAAUUCACUAAAAAGAACAUUUUUCGGAAGGUUAUUGACGCAUUUCAUCAAAAGAAGCAAGAAUGGACAAAAGUUUGGAUGAAAUUAUAAAAGCCACGCGCGUUGGAAAGAAACAAAAGCCCGGCAAUAAUGGCAGAACACCAACAAAGAAAGGAGUAUUAAACAAGAAGCCUUUCGGGAACAAGAAAUCUCCGGGAAAGGGUCCCGCGGUAAAACGACUGAACCAAAAAGCAUCUCCGGCACGUCCUUUAGGCGAUGCUCGUGCAAAAAUCGCUCAAAAGACGCGUUCUAAAAUUACCGAUGCGCGUGUUUUGUUGACAAAAAAGCAAAGAACACGUCCCGCUAUUCCGCCAGGUGGAUUAAAAACUCGCAAAAAUCGCGUCAAAGUUCCACAAAUGAUGGCUGACGAUGACGAUGACAUGAUGAUGGAUGAAGAUAUGGAUUUUGAUGGUCCGGCGCCCGUUUUGCGACGCACUGUCAAAAAUAAUUACGUCUUGCCACGCACGUUAGCGACAAUGCCGCCGCUUCCGACAUUUUCGCGCACCGUUGAAACAGACCCAUUUGACUGUUACUUACCCUAUGAACGACCUCCGGUUCGCCCAGCACCUCCAAUGUACAAACCCGAGCCAGUUUCGUUGUUGCCCGAUGACCCAUACACCGAUCUUUAUGACGAACCCUCACCGCGCAAAGGGAUUUUACGAGGCGUUCAAGGCAAUUCCCCCUCACGGAAGGCAAGUAACGCUCUGAAAUCCCGUUUGUACUCGAAACCUGAUCCUCGCGCUCCGAGCGGUAUUUUUGGGCGUGAUCGUGAUCCCGAUCGGGAAUUCCAUGCAGCGCCGCCAGCAGCUGAGGCUUCGUAUCCCAACGGAUUCCGGAUUGUCGUAAGUAAUUUACAUACUUCUGUGUCGCAGAGUGACAUUCAAGAGCUCUUCGAGGACAUUGGACCUCUGCUUGAAUCGCGUCUCGUGAGACCCGGCGUUGCGGAAGUCAUUUUCAAGAGACUCGCCGAUGCGGAAAAUGCCGUGGAAACAUAUCACAAUCGACAAUUGGAUGGACAACCGAUGAAAUGUUUGCUCGUGCGACAACGCAACAUGAGCUUCAAGACACAGUCAAGUCAACAUCCUGCCAAUAAGAUGCCAUUGGAUCUCGAUACGGUGCAUAAAGUCUUGUUUAAACGCUAAACAAGGAGAAUGAAAAUGAGAUUUAGAUUGGAAAUUGAUGCUUUUUUCUAGAGUUAAUGAAAAAAAAAAUAAAUGAACAAUGAACAAAUUUUUUGACAUAUUUCACAAUUUAUUUAUUAGUUACAGCUCUUCUACAUUUUUUUUUUAUUUAUUUAAAUAAAAGGCACACUGA